AUGAGCGACCCAAAUGGCCUGGUCAAUGGACUCCUGUCGCAGCUUUCCCUUGCUGAAAAAUGCGCCCUACUUUCUGGCAAGAAUAUGUGGGAAACUCUCGAUCUACCUCGACUGGGCAUUCAGUCUCUCAAAACAACUGACGGUCCGGCCGGAGUACGGGGCGCGAAGUGGACAGAUGGAUCAUACACCACGUUCAUUCCCUGUGGAAUAUCCUUGGGUGCGACAUUUGACAGACGUAUCGUCGAGCGCAUCGGUUCUGUUCUUGGAGCAGAGACUCGUGGCAAAAGGGCACAUAUCCUCCUGGCGCCGACAAUAAACUUGAGCCGAUCCCCUCUGGGUGGUCGGAACUUUGAAAACUUUGGAGAAGAUCCGUUCCUGACUGGCAUUAUGGCCACUCAGUACAUCAAGGGUAUCCAGAGCCAAGGUGUUGGCGCAUGCAUGAAACAUUUUGUCGCCAAUGAUCAGGAAACACGGCGCUUCAACAUGGACGAGCAGAUUGACGAACGAACUUUGCGCGAAGUCUAUUUGAAACCAUUUUACAUGGCGUUGAAAGCGGGCCCGUGGGCAGCCAUGACAAGCUAUCCCAAGAUCAACGGGGAACAUGCAGAUACCAGUCGACAUCUGGUACAAGAAAUCCUCCGCCAGGAAUGGGGCUUUGAUGGCCUGGUCAUGAGUGACUGGGGUGGGCUCAACUCCACGGUACAAAGUAUCAAAGCUACCACCGACUUGGAAAUGCCAGGACCGCCGUUGAGACAUGGUCCCGCAUUGGAAGCUGCCGUGCAGAACAAAAUGAUCUCAGAAGAGAAAGUCGAUUCUUCCGUGCGAAGACUUCUGAAGACGCUUGAAAGAGCAGGCCUCUUGACCAGAGUUCAGGAUACCAAACGUACUCCUGUUGAUAUCGGUGAAGAUAUCAAGGGAGGCGAGGAAAUCCUUGACAGGCCGGAAUUCAGGGCUAUUGCCCGCGAGGCAGCCACUUCUGGGAUUGUCCUCCUGAAAAAUGAAAGCCACGCACUACCUCUGCAGCCAGCAAACCUCACCAAAGUCGCCAUUAUCGGACCAAAUGCCAAAACUCCGACGGCAGGCGGCACUGGAAGUGCUAUCGUCAACCCAUACUACAUCACAACACCUUAUGACUCUAUCUCCGAACGGAUUCAAAAGAAAAAUCAAGCAACAAAGAUCCGAUACGAGCAAGGCAUUCUCACCCAUCUUCAUCUUCCUUUGCUUGGGGAUAUCUUGACCAGACCGGAUGGCACAGCGCCUGGAGUUCGGGUGGACUUCUAUCACGGCCACGACUUCGCAGGCGAGAUUGUCGCAACAACCUACUGGCAAAGCUCUAUGGUCUAUCUGAUGAGUGACGGAGAUAUCCCUGGAUGUUUCAGGGGAAAGCCAUAUUGCUUCCGAGCUUUGGGGCGGUUUACACCUUCUGUUAGUGGGAUAUAUGAUUUCAGCCUCUCCAACACAGGAAAAGCCAAGUUCUUUGUGAACGACGAUUUGCUCAUUGACAAUACGGAUUGGAGUCAAAUAUGUGCCAAUUUCAUGAAUUGUAGCAGUCCAGAUAAGCUGAACUCCAUGUUCCUUCAUAAGGCUACCACCUACGACUUCCGAAUCGACAAUGUGGCGGUACCUCCACCAACUCGGCCACAUGACAACACUCUCUUCCACCGGAUCGCUGGAGUGAAAGUUGGAAUGCUCAUCCAGCAUGACGAGGAAGCUAUGAUGUCUGCUGCCAUUGAAGCCGCUCGCGAGGCGGAUGUCGUUUUGGUCAUUGCAGGCCAUAAUAAUGACACCGAACGUGAGGGCUGUGAUCGCACAUCGCUCGAUCUCCCGCGAAGAACAGAUGAGCUGAUCGGGAAAGUUUGUCAAGAGAAUGCUAAUACCGUAGUCGUGACCCAAUCGGCCUGUGCCAUCACGAUGCCUUGGGCCAACAAAGCACGGGCUAUUGUUCACGCUUGGUACCAAGGACAGGAAAAUGGAAAUGCCCUGGCCGAUGUCUUGCUGGGUGAUGUCAACCCAUCUGGCAAAUUACCUGUCACUUUCCCUCACAAGCUGGAGGAUCACGGAUCUCAUAACUGGUUCCCAGGCGAUGCUAUCAAUGACCACGCUGAGUACGGAGAGGGUGUCCUGGUUGGAUACCGCUGGUUUGAUCGACAAGACAUCGAGCCACUCUGGCCAUUUGGAUACGGAUUAUCAUAUACAUCUUUCCAGAUUACCGACUUGCAGGUUGAGGGCAGGGCCGCCAUUGAUGGGUCGCAAAGCGCCAUCGUUUGCGGCACUGUUACGAACACUGGAGAGGUACAGGGAAGUGAAGUUGUUCAAGUUUACGUGUCAUCAUCUUUCUGGAUAACCAAGAAGGACAAAGCCCCCAAGUCUCUUGCUGGCUUUGAAAAAGUAUCUCUUCUGCCGGGAGGGGCCAACACAUUCCGCAUCAGCAUGGAUUGUAAUGCUGUAGCCUGGUAUGAUAUUGAACGGCAAGAUGAAGAAAACCAAACUGGGCAAUGGAGGAUCGAUCAGGGAACAUACCAAUGCUAUGUUGGAUGUAGCUCUCGUGAUAUUGCCGGCGCAGUUGACUUUGUCGUGGAAUAA